CCUAAAUCCGAUGGCGUCAAGUAAUUGAGGUCAUCCGCUAUGGAGAUCCGUACAGCUGGCUUGCAUUGAGUAUACUGGGAGAACUUGGCCAGCUGACUACAUAUAAGUUCCUCAAACAUUCUUCUCGCCUCACGUACUCAUUAUCCCUUUCUGACCCUCAUCACUUCCGUCGCCAUGUCUUCCACAAGCGAGUCUACGGGCGCGCCAGCUGCAUCAACUUUGACUGCGACCGCAACAGCAUACAUCGAUGUGUUCAGAACACUAGACACGGAAGCACUGUCCAAUAUUCUUACCGACCAGUAUAGUCACCAAUUUGCGCCAGCCUCGGCUAACCUUCCCGGGCCGAUGGAUCGCCACGGUUUGAUCGCUCGCCUGCAACAUGUUGGAGAAGUCAUGUCUUCAUUCACUGUCACCAUCAAGCAGACGUGGCCCAAUCCGUCCCUACGACAGGUUCUCGUAUGGGCAGGCUCUGAGUCCAACUUUCAUAGGCACCUGAGAGACAGCGAUGAUGAUGAAGAAUGGACGAAGCGGGGAGAGUACAUGUUUCUGAUGACCACGGAUGAGAGUGGGGAAAGGAUUAUGGAUGUACUCGAGUUUGUGGAUAGUAAAGCUACAGAGGAGAUCGUUGUUAUGGUGGCCAGAGCAUUGGAGAAGAAGUCAUUGGGUAGUGAUUGACGUAGGCAAUGCACCAUGAUACUUUGUGCAGCAUAGAUGUUAUCUAGAUAUCGGGUAUAUAUAUUCGCCUAGCA